AUGGCUGCACCUGGCAACCAAUUCCUCUUAUUGAUUCUAUUCACAUUCAGCGUUAUUUUUCUUCUAAAUCUUCCAUGUGCUGCUGCUCAAGCGAUGGAUUGUAACUUUCAAGCCAUAUAUAAUUUCGGCGACUCGAUCUCAGAUACCGGAAAUCUUAUCCGUGAAGACAAUCUCGGCACCUUUGAGCCCAUUACUAAACUUCCGUAUGGCAAAACGUACUUCCACCAACCCACCGGCCGAUGCUCAAAUGGGCUGCUCAUGGUCGACUUCUUCGCAAGGUGGUUAGAGCUUCCAUUUAUCAACCCAUAUCUUCAGAGCGACGCAUCAUUCGGUAAUGGAGUUAAUUUUGCAGUAGCAGGAGCGACAGCACUCCAGCCAUCCUUUUGGUUGAACCAUGGCAUCCAGACGCUUAAUACAAACAGUUCCCUUGAAGUUCAGCUCAACUGGUUUAAGGCCUACCUCCACUCUGUCUGUUUCUCACAAAUUGGUGGGCCCACAGAAUGUGCACAGAAGCUGGAGAAAGCACUGUUUAUGGUGGGAAAGAUUAGUGGGAAUGACUACAACUAUACUUUCCUACAAAGAAAAUCCAUUGAAGAGGUUACAACCUAUAUGCCCAAUGUGGUUCACACCAUCAAGAAUGUUGCUCGUGGUGUUCAGGUGUUCCCUAACCCCGAAAAAUAUAUCCAUUAG